GGGGGCAUGCGGUGCGGAGGGAGAGACCUCGCUGUUUCGUGAAUCGUGGUUACUCUGCCCCUGCCCCACUCUGCCCCACAGUAACCGGCUCCACUACCCUACGUACUGAACGAAUGAAAAUCAAUAUUCUGUAAAAUAAAUCGUACUCGGUAAAAUAUUACAUAUCACGAUAUUAAUUGUAUUGAUAAAACGUAUUAAAAGUACGGAGGAACAAAGCAGUGAUUGUUUAUUUGACUUUAUGUUUUUACUUUAAAUUUCAGUGGUUCAUUUACUGCAUACAGUAACUUAACCUAUUUUUCGCACGAUGCGUUAGUUACUGUGCACAGUAAGUGAACCUAUUUUUCGCUCGAUGCGCGCGUUAGUUACUGUGUCGCUUAUCACAGAUUAGACCAGCCUACAUAACCUCAAACACAUCUCUGUCAUAUUUUUGACGAGAGAACCAAAAAUUUUAUAUAGAAAUGAGUACAUCAAAAAAACAACGUAUGCUGUACACCAACGAAUCCAUCAAUUUAGCUGUAAAAGCUGUUAAAUCUGGGAUGCCAAUAAAUGCUGCAAGCCGAAAAUAUCAAAUACCACGAUCAACUUUGCAUAGUAAAGUAAUCGGCCUGUAUGACAAUAAGAAACCCGGGCCUGUUUCCAUUCUGCCUCCUAAUCAAGAAUCACUACUCGUAGAAUGGAUUUUUGAAUGCAGUUGCAGAGGUCAUCCAGUAACUAAAAUGCAAUUAUUAAACAGUGUUCGCAUUCUAGUAAAGGAAAUGGGAAUCAAAACUCCAUUCGGUGAAAAUGGUCCUGGUAAAAGUUGGUAUUCUGGCUUUUUAAAGCGGCAUGAGGACGUGUGUACACAAAUGACUGAGAACUUAACCCACGCUAGAGCUGCAGUAUCUGAAGGGGCCUUAAAAAAAUGGUUUUCUACAGUAGAAGCACACUUAAAGGAAAAAGGUUUGCUCAAUAUUGAUCCAUCUAGAAUAUUCAGUACAGAUGAAACUUCUUUAUCAUUGGAUCCUAAAUCUGAUAAAGUAUUGAAAAAGAAAGGAAGUAAAAAUGUCUAUUCGAUUAAUGAAAAAGAAGCCUUGACAGUGUUGGUGACAGGGAAUGCGGCAGGUCAACUAGCACCCCCUCUUGUUAUAUUUUCUUCGAAGCACAUACCAAAAGAAAUGUAUGAGAAAAUGCCAUCGGGUUGGAUCUAUGGUACAUCGGACAGUGGUUGGAUGCAAGGAGAACAUUUUUACGAAUAUGUAACUAAUGUAUUCUACCCUUGGAUUAUCAGUACAAAUAUACCUUUACCUGUGAUUUUAUAUGUGGAUGGACAUGUUUCUCAUCUUACACAACCUUUGGCUAAAUUUUGUGUAGCAAAUCGAAUUGAACUCAUUGCCCUACAUCCAAAUUCCACGCAUAUUAUCCAGCCAAUGGAUCAAAGUAUGUUUUGUCCAAUGAAAGCAGCCUGGACAAGGCAAGCGAACGAAUACCGACAACAAAAUAAUUGUUCGAGUGUAUCAAAAAUUGAUGCUGCUCAACAAUUAAAGAGAGUGUUUGAUAAUUUGGAUCUUGAAAGGAUUUUGAGUAAUGGGUUCAAGGCUUGUGGUCUAAUGCCAUUUUCCUCAAAUGCAAUCAAUUAUUCUAAAAUUUUUCAACGAACAAAUACACCAAAUCAAUUAAGUGAGCAGCCAAAUGAUCGAUUAAAUGUAGAUGAAAGAAAUCUAGAUUAUAUCACAACUUUAAAGCGUAUUGAAGAAAACAUUAAUCCUGCAACUCUAACUGUUUUUCAAGCAAUGGGUAAUACAAAUGAAUGGACUGGUCGAACGGAAGACACAAGUCUUUUUUAUGUUUGGAAUAAUAUAUCAAAACUUAUUGAAGGUGAGAGCACUCAACAAAUAUGUCCAACAACGAAAGCCGAGAAACAUGAUGUUGGAAAUAGUCAGCUUGAUGAAAAUGGAAGUAAUAGUAUGGUUGUGCUUGAAGAAGUGAUGAUAAAAGAAGAAAAAGACACGGAAUAGGAAUGCAAAAGAGAUUAAACGAGCAACAAAUGAAAGAAAAAGCAGAAAGUAAUGAAAGUAAUGCUCCUGCCAAAAAGAAGAAAAAUUAUUACAAAAAUUUUAUAACUGAGGUUUGCUGUUGCUGCAUGGUUCAGUGCGAACAAAGCAAGAAUACUUGUCUCCCGAGGAAAUAGUUUGUUACAACUUACUACGAACUUGAAUUUUUACAUUUCAUCUUUGCAACAGAGAAAAUGCAAAUUUGUCAAAUGUUCACUGAACACUGGACUAAUGUAAUGUGUAAGGAUUUAUUUACAACAAAAAUACAAAAGUUCAACCGGUUUAUAAUAGCAACUAAUUGUAAAAUAAAUGCUGAACAAAAUGUACUUUCAUAUGCCAAACAAUAAAAUUUUAACUUAUUGACUUACAGUCAGA